UCCCUCUCCUUCGCUGGCCCGCCCGGCUGUCACUCAAGCUGGGGACCUCCCCUCCGUCGCCUCCCCUCAGCUGGCACCAAGCUCCGCGUUUCAUUUGCCCAUUCGCUUUGCAUGGAGGAGGAGGAGGGGACGCGUCCCGGGCGGCGGCGGAGGCUGAGGGGCCAGCUGGGGACCCGGCUCUCCUGCCGCUGACAGGACGAAGGAAGGGAAGCAAGAAAGCGCCCCUCGCUUGCCAAAUGGAUUACCCGCCCCUCUAUGUGAUGCUCUCCUGCUUGGUCCCUCUCCACUGGUGGCUGGCCCAAGGCAGAGGAGCCCGAGCCCAAGAGCUCCUCCUGUCUGGAAAACUAAGUGAAUAUGGUGUGAUUGUGCCCUUCAGUGCAGAUUACCAGGGACGGUUCCUCUCGCACGUGGUGUCUGGCUCAGUGACAGCAAGGAGGGGGGAAACUGUUCAUCCUUCUGCUCCUCCACCUCACUCAGAUCGGCGUAGGGUGGUCCGCAGCACCCCUGUGAACCAAGGCAUGUCCAGGAACCAUUUAUACUACUUCAAUGUCACUGUUUUUGGCAAGGAACUGCAUCUUCGCCUGAAGCCCAAUCGACGGCUAGUGUCUCCUGGUGCAUUGGCUGAGUGGCAAGAGGACUUCCAAAAGAUCUUCCAGGAACCAUUGCAGAAGGAGUGUGUCUUUACAGGAGGAGUCUCAGGCAUGCCAGGGGCCAAGGUGGCCAUCAGUAAUUGUGAUGGGCUGGCAGGUUUGAUCCGAACAGACAACGGUGAGUUUUUUAUUGAGCCUCUGGAGCGAGGACAAUGGGUGACAGAGAAGAACGGGAGAGCUCAUGUGGUCUACCGCAGGUCUGCUGUCAAACGAGAUAGACCAGAAGCAUUCAAGGACCAUCGUAAUGAAGUUCCAGGCUUCAAUUUGGGUCAGCUUCCGAAAAGCCUGAACCUGGUUGAAGAGCAGGUUGGUGAAGCAGAUCGGAAGAGGCGCCAUGCCAAGAAAGAUGAUUACAACAUAGAGGUUCUGCUGGCAGUGGAUGAUUCAGUUGUACGGUUCCAUGGGAAGGAGCACGUCCAGAAUUACGUCCUCACCCUCAUGAACAUAGUAGAUGAAAUUUAUCAUGAUGAAUCACUAGGAGUUCACAUCAACAUUGUCCUGGUUAGAAUGAUCAUGGUGGGAUACAGACAGUCAAUCAGCUUAAUAGAACGAGGAAAUCCAUCUCGAAGCUUGGAGCAGGUCUGCCGGUGGGCUCAUUCUCAGCAGCGCUCAGAUCCUGAACAUGUGGAAUACCAUGAUCAUGCUGUGUUCCUCACCAGGCAAGAUUUUGGUCCCGCAGGUAUGCAAGGGUAUGCUCCUGUCACUGGCAUGUGCCACCCUCUGCGCAGUUGCACCCUCAACCAUGAAGAUGGAUUCUCCUCUGCAUUUGUGGUUGCUCACGAGACUGGACAUGUGUUAGGUAUGGAACAUGAUGGCCAAGGAAACCGAUGUGCUGAUGAGACCAGCAUGGGGAGUAUUAUGGCACCACUUGUGCAAGCAGCAUUCCACCGUUACCACUGGUCCCGAUGUAGCAAGCAGGAGUUGAACCGUUACAUACAUUCUUACGACUGCCUCUUAGAUGACCCAUUUGAGCACAACUGGCCCAAGCUGCCAGAGCUGCCAGGAAUCAAUUACUCUAUGGAUGAGCAAUGCCGCUUUGACUUUGGUGUGGGCUACAAAACAUGUACAGCUUUCAGAACAUUUGACCCCUGCAAGCAGCUGUGGUGUAGUCAUCCAGACAAUCCCUACUUCUGUAAAACAAAGAAAGGACCACCCUUGGAUGGAACAGAGUGUGCUUCAGGCAAGUGGUGUUUCAAGGGUCACUGCAUCUGGAAGACUUCAGAACAACCUUACAGCCAGGAUGGCAGCUGGAGUUCCUGGUCCAAAUUUGGUUCCUGUUCCAGGACUUGUGGGGGUGGGGUGCGCUCUCGCAGCAGGAACUGCAACAACCCACCACCAGCCUAUGGAGGUCGUCAUUGCCCAGGUGCAACCUAUGAAUAUCAGAUUUGCAAUACAGAGGAUUGCCGGGGUCCCUAUGAGGAUUUUCGGGCCCAGCAAUGUUCCAAGCGAAAUUCCUAUUACACCCACCAAAGCUUGAAGCACACUUGGCUUCCUUAUGAACAUCACGAUGAUGCCCAGAAAUGCGAGCUGAUUUGCCAGUCUGAGGAGACUGGAGAUGUGGUGUUUAUGAAUCAAGUUGUUCAUGAUGGCACCAGGUGCAGCUAUAGAGACCCAUACAGUGUUUGUGUGAGAGGGGAGUGUGUGCAUGUUGGAUGUGAUAAAGAAAUUGGAUCUCUGAAGCAGGAUGACAAGUGUGGUGUUUGUGGAGGUGACAACUCCCACUGCCGGACAGUUAAAGGAACUUUGGUGAAAUCCCCUAAGCAAGCAGUGGGUGCUUUGAAAAUGUUUGAGAUUCCAGCUGGCGCCAGGCAUGUUCAGAUUGAAGAGAUGGAGCCUGCUGCCCAUACACUUGCUGUUAAGAACCAAGCUUCUGGCAACUUCAUUCUUAACCCCAAGGGCAAAGAUGUCAAGAGCAACACCUUCCUAGAAAUGGGCUUGGAAUGGGAUUACACAGUUGAAAAUGGCAAGGAAAGCUUGAAAACUAGUGGGCCCCUACAUGAAGCCAUCAGUGUCCUGGUUACUCCACAAGAAGAUGAUUCCAAGAGCAGCUUGAUGUAUAAGUACAUCAUCCACGAAGAUCUCCUUCCUGUCAUUGGAAACAACAAUGUCCUGCUUGAAGAAAUGGACACUUAUGAGUGGGCCCUUAAGAGCUGGUCUCAGUGCUCCAAAGCUUGUGGAGGAGGAAUACAGUACACAAAAUAUGGCUGCCGCAGGAAAAGUGAUAACCGAAUGGUACAUCGGAAUUUCUGUGAUAAUGGAAAGAAACCAAAGCCAAUCCGCAGGAGAUGUAACAUGCAAGAAUGCUCUCAACCAAUCUGGGGAGCAGAAGAAUGGGGAACCUGCAGUAAGUCCUGUGGCAAGCUGGGAGUCCAGGUCAGAGUGGUACAGUGCAUCCAGCAUCUACACAAUGGCACAAACCGGACAGUACACACAAAGUACUGCACAGGAGAUAAACCGGAUACCCGUCGGCCUUGCAGUCGCAUCCCUUGCCCUGCCCAGUGGAGGACAGGUGCCUGGUCUCAGUGCUCUGUCAGCUGUGGAGAAGGCAUCCAGCAGCGUCAGGUAGUCUGUAAAUCCAGUGACAACAGCAUUGGACAAUGUGAGAGCAACAAGCCAGAGACUAUCCAGGUUUGCAAAUCAAUAGCAUGCCCAGGAAAGCUAUCAAGUACAAAUGGAGAUACCGGGGAUCAUGUGACUCCUAAGGUACAAUGGGUGCCUCAGGAAAGUGCCAAAAAUCCGGUCAGCAAGAUAUCAUCAAAGGAGCCUUGCCUUGGAGACAAGUCCAUCUUCUGCCAGAUGGAAGUCCUGGCUCGCUACUGCUCCAUCCCUGGCUAUAACAAACUCUGUUGCGAAUCUUGCAGCAAAAAAGUCUCCACCAUUCAGCCUCCCAGUAGUGACCAAGGUGCUUCUGAGACUGAGACGCAUGGGGGUGCAGUCUUUCCCAGCCCCUUACCACAGCUACAGUUCCACCCCACUAUCAUGAGUCAUUUGCACAGGCUAAAGGGUGCUGCUCUGAAAGAGGCAGAGGUGGCCCAUGGCCUGGUAGCCACCCGUGCUGGUUCCACAGCCUGUCAGGCGAAGACUGCUGUCCAGCCUCAGGGCAGCUCCAAUAACGGCACUUCCAAAGCUGGUAUGCCACGACUUCUACCUCCUCCUCGGCAGGCCAUCACAAGAUGGAGCGCUGAGGACCCGCAGAGCAGGCCAGUGUUCCCGUGGCUCCUUGCUGCCUUGAACAAUCCUGCAGCGGCAUCACAAAAAGACAGCAAGCCUCCUCUUCUUGCUCAAGACAUGGCAGGACAAAGAAAGGACAACAUGAUGGAGCCCAUAAAGCCAGCUCCCAGUCUCAGGACCUCCUCCCCUGUUGGGACAUGAGUGGGAACAUCUUUUCCCAGGACUUUUUGUCCCUUCUCUCUUUCUCUUGUCAUUCUCCACAGUUUACAUCGGUCAGAGCUGCAACGUUCCUGGGCCCCUUUCUGAAACGGAAGGAGAACUCGUCUCAAAGACAACCAUGUUCAUUUGUUCACAACAACAGCCACAAUGUUGUUGUUUGAUGGCACUUUUAUUUUAAAAAAAAACAGACACAAAGAGUUGCAGCCAUCGCCGUUCUGUUGUAAACAAGCUGUCAAGAGCAGCUGAACGCACAGUGCUUGUGUAGCCCACCUUAGAUUACCUCAAAGUGUGGCUUGAAGCAGCCGGGCUUUUUCUUCCAGGGUGCUAACAAUUAUUUAUUUUUUUGAUCAUGCAAUAAGUGAGACAAAACAAAGCAACCAAUUCUUAACUGGAGGACUUUGGGUCCUUGACCUACACUGAGUCUCCACAGAUUCCACCAUUUGCUUCUGCUUUUGCUGUUCAGCCAUCUAGAGCAUGUUGAAUUGUGAUAUGGUGCUGCUUGCUAGUUCUAGUUUGAGUGAUGGUGGAUGGCGAGCGUGGUGUGUCAGGCCAUGUGGACUACAGUUUCUCAUAUAGGAGAGAAAUGAGGAAGGCUAGUUUAGAAAGAAGGUGCCCAUGGCUUGGAUUAAACCCCUGAGAUAGUGAGUUGUGUUGUGUGUCUUGGAAGAACUGUUUGUUUUAAUCCCAAAGCCAUAACUGAAUGUGUCUUGAGCUGUGUAUGAGUUAGCAACACCUUCAGGUCUGAAAUGAGAAGCUUAAUUUCAUGGUAGUGAUACUUACCAGUCAUAAAAGAUGAGUAUAUAGGAGAAUAAAAUCCAAUUUUAAUCCCUUCUACACAUCCAUUUAAAUGAAUGGGACUCCAGCCCCUUCCACACAGCUGUAUAAAAUCCACAUUUUGAACUGGAUUAUAUGGCAGUGUGGACUCAGAUAAUCCAGUUCAAAGCAGAUAUUGUGGAUUAUCUGCCUUGAUAUUCUAGGUUAUAUGGCUGUGUGGAAGGGCCCUUAAUCUGAUCUCUUCUGGACUUUGUCUGCUGCAGUGGUUGCCUAAUAGCAAAUGAGCAAUACAACAAUUUUUUGUUGAUCUCAGUUGGCCCUAUCAGGAAACAAUCACCGAGGGCAUCAUAUUUUGUUAAUUAUUAACUUUGUUGUUAUUAUAUUGUUGUAUUUUAAUUGCUAGCAGGCAAGGAAGGAUGUUUGCGGGACAUUUUGUUUUCUGUGCCAAAAUAGCACAUCUGGUUUCAGCUUCUAUACACUAUAGCAAUGGGCAAGCUGUUUGCAAAGAUCCCUCGGGUAGCCAGAUGUUUUAGGUUGGUCCUGGGAGUCAGUAUCAUGCUGCAUUGGAAAAGAGGAGACUUGUAAAAUAAACAAAAGAACCAAGGAGAGAAACCCAUUUCAAAAAGCUGUAAGGGCCGUACAGAGUGGGCUUCCUGGUUAUUUCUCUUAAAAAAAACCAUUUAAAUAGUGGGGCAUAUUGUCUUUCACAAGUAACUUCAUUUCACAUCAGGUUUGAAGACAUUUUUUUUUUCAUGGCUAAGUUCAUUGUUUCCAACUGUGCUCUAGAAGGGAUGUAGCACCUUCAUUUUAAGAAAAGAUGCCCACCACAGAAAUUCUGGAUAAAUUACCUGAUUUAGCAUAGAGGCCUUUUUAAAGGAGUACACAGGGGCCAUUUAAGCCUGGGGCCAGGAACUGACUGAGACCCCUUCUUCACUGCCAUAUCUACCCUGCCAUACAAUCCAGUUCAAAGCAGAUAAUCUGGAUUUUAUAUGACAGUGUAGAAGAGGCCUGAGUGGCAGGCAGUGGCUUUUCAAAUCAGCAGCUUUAUACUGAGAAAGGGAUGUGGCUAAGCACCAGCUGUCAGGAAGAAGAGGCUGCUUGGAAUGUAUCAUUGUCUCCAUCACUUUGGACAUGAAGAACAGACAAGUCAUCAGACCAAUUGAGUUGCUAUGAGUUUUCCAGGCUGUAUGGCUAUGUUCCAGAAGCAUUCUCUCCUGACAUUUAACCCACAUCUAUUGCAGGCAUCCUAGAGAUUAUGACCUCACAACCUCUGAGGAUGCCUGCCAUAGAUGUGGGAAAAACAUCAGGAGAGAAUGUUUCUGGAACAUGGCCAUACAGACCUGAAAAGUCACAGUGACCCAGUGAUUCUGGUCAUAAAAGCUUUCGACAACAUCAGACCAAUCUAUUGUUAAAGUUCUUUUCUUGACUCCAAACUCCUCAUCCAACCCUCUAAUCUGCACUUAAGGCCCAUCCACACAGUAUCUUAAUCACAAGAGCUCCUGUUUCAAAAUGGGGAGUGGCUAGACAAAAUCACUGGAAAACGUAUGAUUUGCUACAAAGGAGGGAAGCCACGGGAUAAAAAGGUUCUCUUUGAUCCCAUUUCUGGCUGAAAUAUGCAGGUCUUCUCAUGUCUGUGUGAUGCUGCAUGCCAGAAAACACAUGUUUUCCUUCUCUCCCACCUGUGGAAACUGCUCCAGCUGAUGUCCAUCCCUUUCAAAAAGCCCAAAACAGCUGAUCAGCUGAUUAGGCUGUCAAACAGAUGCACAGCUGAUUGACAGGAAUCACGAAUGGAGAGCCAUUAAAACUCUUUGAAACUCUUUAUUUUACACUGUAUUAAACAGAGGUUUAAUAUAUAAUUAUGGAAGGGAGAAAUCCGGCAGAAGUUUUUUAAAAUGUUCACUCUGUUAUGCACUGAUCUGUGUAUGUGCAUAUGCGACUAUUUUUGUAUACAUUUUAUUAUGAUAUGCGCAUAUGUGCCUAUAUGGAUCAGCGCAUAUUUUUAAAAAACUUUUGGCAGAUGUCCUCUGUUUGCCCUCCAUUUUAUCCUAAGACACAGAAGGGAGGCCAGUGAGGACAGCAGGGGAAGAAAUCCGGGGACCGGCAGUUCAGUGUAGGGACCUGCUCUGAGGUCUUUUGUUUUUUGUCCCUCUUAGAAAUCCCACGAUUUGGCGCUGUCUGAAAGCUCCCUAAGUCUUUCUCUUUUUUCUAUCUCUAGUUUUGGUUUCUUAGGUGAUUUAUAGUAAUCCUCUUUUGUUUCCCUCUCCCUCCUUUAAGCAUGUUUACAUAAUGUAAUAUCUUCAGGGCAUUACUUCUCCUUUCUCAGACUUCAAGUGUAUUCUCAGGGAUCAGGACAGCUUUAUGUAGUGCCCAGUUAUCUGCAUUGAUCUUUAUUUUGCAGCUCACUCUGUGCUGUUUUGCUUUUGUCUUGUAUGAGAGGGGUUUCCUUUCCUAAAGGCAAAGGUCUUAACAUUUUAACAUGUAGCAAAAACACACAAGUCAAUGUAAAAUUGUGGGAAGGCUAUUCUUAUAGCUUUCUUUUUGGGGGAUGAGUGGAGAGAUACAUUAACAAUCUCUGGAAAGUUUAAGAGACUGACUCAGAGAAGGAAAAAUGUGUAUCUAGAAUGCUUUUCUCCACUGAAUGGUUAUACAGUAUAUGAAUUGUACUUCUUAGAUUGCAUGUUUUCUUAGAGCUGAGUUGAAAGGCCUGCUGUUGUGAGAAAUGAAUGCUGUUUCUACCAAAUGGAGGGAAAGGAACUCGAGAGAAGAGUAACAUCGUAAUUCUUCUUGGUCCUCUGUAGAAAAAGUGUAGAUUGGAGGAACAUUAGGUAUAUAUUUCAUGCAAGAAGCCAAAGUUUUGGAUGGUUAUAUUUUAAGUCAUUGUGUGAACUUUUGGUACUAUUAUCAUCUAGUGUUCUACACCUUGCCUUUUCUAGUUUGCCUUCCCUUUGAUUUUCUUUGAACUAUUUCCCGCUCCCUUUUUUCCCUAGACUAUUUUUUCCAAACCUCUUCCUUGAAGCUUGCAGUUUCAUUUAACACACCGCCAUCUAAGAUUCUUCCCUUCUCCUUAGACAUAGCUUUGUGUCUUUGCUCUGAAUAGUUUAACGGACACCACCCAAACUCAUUUCAUCUUAGGAUGAAAACAUCUUAACAUGUAAUAGUCAGAGGUCCAUAUGCCUAUUCUGUCUCUCCAUGAGACCUGAAUUCCUUCACCAACCUUCUUCACUUAUUGUCCUAUAAAUGCUAUGGUAUUCCAGUUUUUAACCAGGCUUUGAAACAUGUAGCUCAGUUCUACUUUCUUUAUUCAGUUUGGGUAGAUUGCGAUUCUUGGCUGCCCUGCAUAUACAAAUCCCAUUAGAUUAAGUGGAGGUGGUGUGUUGAAAGCCAAUUGGAACCCCACAAGGAAUAACAUUUUUGAGUUAAGCAGAACAAUUUCACCAUGCUUUGGAUCCUCCUUCAGCUGUUUUAGGCACAUUAUUUGCUUUUUUCUAACUAAUAAGUAAAACAGAAGUUGACUUCCCAUUGACUGACCUCCCACAAAAGUAAGAAAAAAAUCCCCCAUGAUCUCUAAUGGGCAUAAUGGACAUAAUAGUAGAACUUUUUUUAAAAAUCUAAAACUUUGGGGAGUGGGGAGGUCUUGUGCUUCCCUCUUCCCGGCAGCUGCCCACCACUGUUUUAAACUAUUCAGAGGUGAACUCACAAAAGAAGCUUCCCACAGCCACAGAUGGCUAUUGUGGACCUUCUAAUCAGAAUUGGGCUUGAAUCCUGUUUCACCUGUUUCAUUCGUGGUUUUGUACCAUUUCGUCUAUUCGGAUUGCAGGGUACAGUACAACACCAUGGGAACAAAUGAAACAGUGAAACGAAUGGCAGAGGGGAAUGGUAGCCGUUGCCCUCUGCUGAUUUUCAUCACUUGGCUGUAGGCCCUGGCUCGCAGGGCCUUCAGCCAAGCACUGGGCACUCAAUGCUUGUAGGCCCUGCCUGCCGGGCCUAUGAGCAUUGAGCGCUCACUGUCUCAUAGGCCCUUCAAGCUGGCUUGCAGGGCCUGCAGUUGAGCACCGAACACUCAAUGCUCAUAGUUCCAGCUUGCAGGGCCUAGAGCAUCGAUCGUUUGAUGCUUGCCUAUAGGCCCUGAAAGCUGGGCCUACGAGCAUUGAGUGCUCAAUGGCUCCUAGGCCCUGACUGCCAGGCCUACAGUUGAGCGCUUGACUGUAGGCCCAGCUCGCAGGGCCUGGCACUUUGCCACCCAAGGCCUAAAAAUGUUUUGGGGUUUUUUUUGGACCUUGGAUGGAAAAGCCCAUUUGUAUAGGCACCCAUUUCCGUCAGCAGCGGACGGAAACAGAAAUGUAGCCAUAUGAAUGGAACAAACAGAAAUGGUAAGUAAUUUCAUACAAAUGCACAACCCUAGUGGACACUUCUAAUUAGUGUCUUCAUUGAACAUUGAGUUAAAGAUUGUCAGAUCCCAGGUGCAUUACAGCUGAUCACCUGCAAAGUGAGUUUCAUUGGUCUCUGAUCAGAUAGAGAGAAACUUCAACCCAUUGGCCUGAUCCAAUCUAUAGGAAGCGUCCAUCCACUUCUUAGUCUUCUUCCUGCCCUUAUUUCUGACCAGUGAUCCAUGCUUAAGUGAAUAAAUGGAUAGGCUCUGGAAACACUUUGGCCUUGCCCACUGCUAUCAUGAAAUCCCAUUGUAUUGGCCUGGAAUGAAUUCAAUUCCAGGGCAAAAAAAAUGUUUCCACUCAUGUUAUAUAAAGUGUUGAUCAUGUCACUGUCCAGAUAUUGGGAGUGAAAGUUCCAGCAUUCCUUAUCACUGGCUGUGUUGAGUGGGGCUGCUGGCACAUGCAGUCCAGCAACAUUUGGAGGGCUGCAUGAUUCUACACCCCUCUCUGUUUUGCCCCUCUGGACUUACUCUGUUGGGAGGGCUGCCUAUAUCCAAAGUCCCAAAUAAAAAGGAAUUGAGCUCCACUGAAUUGGUGUACUGGUCACUCUUAUAUGUUCUACUGUAGAAAUAAAAUUUUUGGGGAUGUAAGAGGAGAACAUGCCUUUCUGUAUUUGAAAUCUUGAGAUCUUUCACAUAUGACCUAGAUCUGUAUGUGAUGCAAACCAACCUUUUGUUUGCACCUGUGUCUAGUGGGGGGGGGGAGCACAACCUCACAAAUAUCCCUUGAAAUAUUGCUCCAAGAGUCCUCACAACUCCAGCUGGAGAAGAAAGAUUAGAACAAGAAGACACCUUUAGCUACUCAAUAACAAUCAGUUGCCUGGUAGGAGUUUAGGAAAGUUGGAUUCCAUCAGACAAAGCUUGGAAAUGGCACUUCUUGAAUCUAAAUAAUGAUCUUGUUCGUUGUGGAAUUCUGGAAGAUCUAAACUGAAACAACAACUUCUCCAAGCUCUGGUAACAAAGAUAUACUGUUGUUUUGUAUACUUCAAUAUUACCUAAAUGACAAGAGCUCUCCAGAGUUCAGUCAAUGAAGUGCUGAGGAUUGAGCCUGGGACCUUUGGCAUACAAAGCAUCUGUUCUAUUACUGAGCUAUGGCUUAUUACCAAUCAGUGCUUGGCAAAAGUGCUAGCAUCCAAUGAAUAGAUCUUGCUCAAUUAUGUCACUUCCGUGAGCCAUUUUAAGGGAGUAUGGAAUUGUCAGGUGUUAAUAUAUUGUGCAAAAUAGGACAAAUUACUUUGUAAGUAAUGAUUUUAAUUUUUAAUGUAUAUAUUGUUUUUUCAUUCAGCAUUCAACAGCUUGCUUGGAAGGAAGUACUGUUGGUCUGGAAUGGAGUGACACUUAUUAUACCAUUCCCUGCAGUCAUCUUAUUAGUGCUUCUGAAAAAGUUCAGUAGUUCAGUUGCCAUGGUUGUGAAAUGUCUAUCAUAGAGACAAAGGAGUACAUAUUUCUUGGGCUGCCAUGUCAUACAACAGGUUUGUAGGCUGAGGUCUGAGCUGGAUUGGGUUAUUUCCCAACCCUCAAUUCCUAGACAGGAAUUUGGAGCCACCCUUUCAUAAUUUGUGAGAUGGGCAACCCACCAAGACUCCCUGUGGAGAUAAUGCAACCCAUCCACUUUCCAUUACUUUCUCUAUGAACAUAGAAAACAGGCAGCUACUUGGUGUUUUGCUGCCUCUCAGUUAGAUAAUAAAGAAUGAUAGGAGGCUGGCUUAUGCCAAGCAGAUUUUGAGAUUACUUUUUAAAUUUGGUAUCAGGUUAUGGUGGCAUUUCUGACUUCUUUUCUUAAUAAUAAUAAUAAUAAUAAUAAUAAUAAUAAUAAUAAUAAUAAUAAUAAUUUAUUUAUAUCCCGCCCUUCUCCUCAUGGGGACUCAGAGCUGAUUACAACAUAUAAACAAACACAGGCAAAGAUUAAAUGCCUUUUUACAAAUGAAAAUACAGUAAAGCACAAAUACACAGACAAAGGCAAAGGCUUCUUUAAUUUCUGGCUCUGGAGGCGAUGCCCAUCUCUGCCUCUGCGGAAGGUGCUCUUCAUUUCCAAGCUGAGGAGCCUGCGUUGUCGUAGACACCUUCUGGUUGUGUGGCUAGCAAGACUGCUCUUUGCCUUUUCCCACCAAAUCAGUACCUAUUUAUCUACUCACAUUUGCAUGUUUUUGAACUACUAGCUUGGCAGGAGCUAGGGCUAACAAUGGGAGCUCACCCCAUCUCGUGGAAUUGAACUGCCAACCUUCAGGUCAGCAAUUCAGCAGCACAAGGAUUUCAUCCAUUGCGCCACCGCAAUGCAUUAAUCUUAAAUGCUUCUCCUCUAGAUAAAUUAUAUGGUACUUUCGAAAGAUACAGAUAAUUCCUUGUUCCACAACAUUAUAGAACGUUAAGUAAAAUAUACAGCUACCAUCAGAGUCAGGUGUAUUUAAAUAAUUAUCAUCAAGGAAAGGAUGUGCAUAUUACACUGUCAGGAUGCAAGGAGUACUUCUGUGCAAAGUAUAUCUCCCUUUUAAAAGAAACAGGUUUGUUCAUAUAAAUAAAUGCUAGUCAUUUGCAAAGCCAUUUGCAGUUUCGAAAGAGAAAAAGGUGCUUCCUUUGAUAGAAAAAUAUGCAAAAGGAUCCAUUUUCAAUACCUUUCUGAAGAGACUGUGAGUUGGGUUACUAUGAGUCUGCCUUUCAUUUUGCUCACCAUACAACUGGAGGAUGUCUUAUGAUUGUAACAACUUGUAUUUAAGAUGAGCUAGAAUUUAAGCAAACACGUUCAAUCCCUUUCUGAGCAUGGCAGUCAGACAAAUCCAGUCCUUCUUGUGCUGUAACAAUGUCAAGUAUUGCUAUGUAUAAGCGUUUUGUAUAUGUGAAAUUUGAAGCUUUUAAAAAUAUUUAUUAACUUU